AUGGGUAAUGGCUGUUCUGGCUAAAGAGAAAUGACUGAAAGGUCUUAUUCCUUAAGGCAACCAUCAAUAACUUUAACUAGAUUAACAGAAUAAGAGAAGUUGAUAACCCUUGUUCCUGCAAGUCAAUUAACUCAAAUAGAUUUGCCAAAUGCAUUGCUUCCUUCCCCUUCAAGACAGAGUAUCUCUUUUGAACCUUUAAUGACUUCCAAAGUGAGAGUGCCAUCAGAAGAGAGCUAGUUUCAGAAUCAAUUCGUCUAAACUUAAGAAGUUAAGUUAAUAAAAAAGAAACACGAUUAACCACAUCGUCCUUAAAUUUAAGUGCCUAAAAAAGAGCAUAAAAAAAAGGAAGUAUAUGAAAUAGCGCCUAAAUAUCACUCUUCAAGUCCAAAAAAAAAAAACAAAUAAAAGUCAACAUCGCCAUUAGGAAACCAAUAAUAUUAAUAUUAUGAUAAUAAUAAAACUAAUAAAAGCAAAAGAAAAAAAUCAUCAACAAGUCAAUAGAAAAUAAAGUAAGUUAAUGAGGUUGAAAUAAUUUCAAGAAGAAAAUAUUCUGAUCUUCCACCGAGGACAGAAAAAACUUAGGUGAAAAGAAAGAUUAGUAAUUCAAUUGACGAUCACAAUUUUAUUAUUGGGACAGAUUGUGUUUCAAAGGUGAAAUCGUUUACGCCCAGUCCAAUUUUGAAAAGAAGAGACUCUGAUUGCGAGACGAACUCUUUUUAAAAAAAGAUGGUGAGAUUCAAAGACGUAAACUACAGAAGAUCAGGUUUUGUUAAUUGA